GGAAUUUAAAGCCUUGCGCAUUUUGAUCAUCGUGACCCCAAUCCGAGCCCGACGACCUGUAGACACUUCAGCUCUAUCAGGAAACAAGCAUCCACGAUUGAAGUAUUGGGAAAUUUAUCAAUUCAAUACCUUUCGUUUCCAAGACUCCAGCACCGGCCUUGGAACUUCGACUGGGACUUGACCACCAAAGCCGACCAUCAUCUUCAAGCCCAUUAACGUCUCUCUGUGAAGAUGGCUGCUCCGCUUCUCUCCCGAAUAUACUCUCCGGCCGUACUAUCUGCGGUCUCUUUUCGCCAGUUCACCCAGAAACUCUUCCCGUCGUUGUCGAUUGCGAUCCCUGGCGUUUCCUUAAACCUACCCACCAUCGAUGAUAUCUGGGAGUCUGUGCUACGAGCGGUACCUAAGAACAAGGUCUCCCAUUCGAGAAAGCGACAUAGACAAAUGGCGGGCAAGGCGCUGAAGGAUGUGAACAAUUUGUGUAAAUGUCCCGGAUGUGGUCAACCCAAGCGUACACACCGAUUAUGCCAAACCUGCUUAGAAGAAAUGAGACAAAUUUGGCGUCAGGACUACCCUAAUGAUAGGUCGAUCUGAAGAGAAAGGGAAAUGGGACAUUGAUAAUUCACCACUGUACAGUCACCACGGAAUCAUGCAUACCAUGGGCGUUUUGGCUUAGUUUGGACCUUGUAUGAAUAUGAGCAGUAUACUAUGUAAAAGUUUCAACUACCGCGAUAAAAUUCUGGCAGCUUGAAGAACUGUGAGAACUGUGUUUUAACUCUGUGUAUAAAACAUUGAUGCAGCAUGGUUUUGGUAUGCAAGAGUAUAGUGUGUUAUCCCACCUAUCAAUGAUAAAUGGUCAACUAGGA